AGCGUGUGGUUGUGUGUUAGUGCAAUUCCCGUUAGUUGGUUUUGGUGCGCGGCGCGAAGGAGCUGCUUGGAGAUAUUACUGGUGUCAAAUCUAUCGGUGGAAUCCAAUCGUGCGAUUACAAUGUGAACGGUCGGUUCCGGUUUAUUGAAUAUUUAUUGUUUGACGGUUUUCGAAUAUGGCGGGGUUGGACCUUCUGGCCCGGAAGAGCUUGGAACAUGGCAGCGAAGCUUCUAUUUUACUGUCCAGUUCUUCGGUUGGGAGCACGGAAUCGCGGCAUCAAGACCAUUGGUCGUGGAGGCAUUUAAGUGAGCAGUUCUGCAUAAAGAAUGCGGAGUCUCUAUUCGAAAAAUAUCAGUCAAGACUGCAGCAUGCGAUGCUGAUUUUAGCAUUAUUUGCAAAUGUUGUGUCGGGAACAUUAGCAAUUGUAAUACUUUGCUGCUUAUCUAAUAGUUCCGUGGAAUCUAUAAAAGUUCCUCUUGCCAUCAGGGCUGCAGCCACUCUCAUCAAUUUCACACUCUUCAUCAUCAGUUGCAAGGAAAAAUGGUUCUUCAGUUCUCACUCGCGUAUCAUCGUCUCAUUCUUCGUACUCAUCUUGACCGUUGCGGCAGAGACCACUAGCAGCGUGCAGAGGGUAGCCAAUGGCUAUCCGGCGGGUCCACGCUUCUCUGCCUAUUCUCUACUUAUAUCUACCAUAUUCUUACCUUUCCCCAAGUGGUACCAGGUUGGACUGGCAUCGGUGCUGGUAACGACAUUUGAGUUGAUUAUCAGUGGACUGAGCUAUAAAUUGGAGGGAAACUUAAGAUGGAACCAGAUGUUGGCUGACGUCAUCUUCUACGUCACAGUGGCACUAUUGGGAUUGUACAUCCGGUUCCUCAUGGAGUUCACGAACCGGAAGGCCUUUUUGGACCGAAGAGAGUGUUUCGAGAGCAAAUUCCACCUCCAGUACGAGAAAGAUCAGGAGGACCGUCUUCUGCUGAGUGUCCUGCCGAAGCACAUCUCCGUCCAGGUGAAGGAUGGUAUCCGUGACGUCAUCAGGAGGAUCCAUCUCACCCCUAUGCCCCAGAGGCCCUUUACAGAACUGUUUGUCGAGAAGCACAAAAAUGUUAGCAUUCUGUACGCAGAUAUCGUGAAUUCUGUGGCCCUGACGGCGUCGCUGCACGGCAAUGAGCUGGUGGAGACGCUCAAUGAGCUCUUUGGCAGGUUCGACGACCGAGCCGAGAAAAAUUCCUGCCUUCGAAUCAAACUUCUGGGAGACUGUUAUUAUUGCGUUUCUGGCCUUCCAGACGAUGACCCGCGACACGCUGACCACUGUGUGCAGAUGGCUCUUGACAUGAUCGACAUUAUUAGAAAGUUUCGCGAAGAAACUCGGGUGAACGUCGAUAUGCGGAUUGGCGUUCACAGCGGCAAAGUGUUGAGCGGCCUCCUGGGACUACGAAAGUGGCAGUUCGACAUCUGGUCGAGAGAUGUCACAAUCGCCAGUAGAAUGGAACAGACGGGUAGGCCUGGGUGUGUUCACAUCAGCAAAGCUACAAAGGACUUGUUGAAAGGAGAAUAUAACAUUGAACCACACAAUGGUAAUAUCAGAGAUUCGUACCUAAGUAAACUCGACUUAGAAACUUUCUUCAUAUUGCCUUCCAAAAAACAACCAGUGAAAGAGUCGUUGUAUAUUCCUGCUCAUCUGGAAAAGAGCCCUGCCCAUGGGCGCCGUGUGUCUUCAAUUAAUCAUGAAAAAAUACAAAGAAGACAGUCGAAUGCUGUUGAAGUUUUAACCUCACGGAGACGCACUGUUUUGGGAUUCAGCCUGCUUCACUUCCACCAGAUGGUGAGUCAGGUGAACGAAUCGAUGGAGGACGCCAUUGAUGCCAUGGCUCUAAGUAAGAAAGACCAGUGGUUUAAUCCAGAAGGUAUACAGCCCUUACUCCUUACUUUUCUGGACAUAUCUCUAGAGAUGCCAUUUUUGAGAAGAAAAGACCCUCUAUUCAAAUAUUCUUUACUGGCUGUUCUUUUCUCUUGUUUCGCACUCACUACCAUUGGUGCGCUCCUGAAACCCAGCUCGAAUUUAUUUUGGAUACCGAGUUCGAUCACUUUUCUGGUCGUUAUCGUUAGCAUCCUUCUGUCAUGGCUUCCGGUUAUUUGGAAAAUUAUAAAAAAAUCCGCCAAGCUUCCAGUCGUUUCUAUGUUGAAAGGAGCUUCGAAUAGUUUCCUGUUGCGAACCGCAGUCGUAAUCUUAUUGGCUGUGCUGCUCAUGACUACAUCAUUGAUGGGAAUGGAGGAUUGUAACAGACCACUAGUUUCUCCCUUCCAAGAAAAUAUUACUAUUCCUGUUGAAAUGGCUAUCUCCUGCGAAAAUCCCUGGUAUUUCACAUGGUGUGCUAUUCUAUCGAUGAUCUCUGUGUCGGUGUUUCUGAGAAUUCAUUUCUUCAUUAAACUUCUUAUCAACGGAAGUCUUGUAGCGGCUUUUUCUGGCGUCAUCUACAGCAAAUCGAAUUUAUUUUACAAGACUUACUUGCAAGAUUGGAAUCGAAUGCCAGCUGGAGUAGAUCAGUAUUGGUGCUUAUUGGUUACUUUAUUUUUGCUACACUUAUUGGAUCGACAGGUGGAAUACAUAGGUCGUUUGGACUACCUGUGGAAACGCAAGCUGAAAAAGGAACAAGAGGAAGCAACCACCAUGGGCCUCGUCAAUCGCACGCUUCUGCAAAACAUUCUGCCCGUCCACGUGGCACAGUACUAUCUCACUAAAGAAUCGGUACAUUUCAAUCUGGACUUGUACCAUGAAGAAUAUAGUUCGGUUGCUGUUAUGUUUGCUUCUAUCCCUAAUUACAUGGACUAUUACAGUGAAUCUCUUCUGAAUGACGAAGGACGAAAGUGUCUUCAAGUUCUGCAUGAAAUAAUCUGCGAAUUCGAUAAGCUAUUAUACGAACCCCCUUUUUUGAAACUGGAAAAAAUCAAGACGAUCGGAAGUACUUACAUGGCUGCAGCUGGUCUGCAACCUGGAAGAAAUUCCAGCAGGACUUCCUACGAGAGCUUUGGUCAACAGGAAGAAGAUGCUACUCAGAAUGUGCUGGUUAUGACUAAAUUUGCAAUGACUAUCAUGGAUGCCUUGCAAGAAAUGAAUGAAAGAUUUCAACAGCAUUUCCACCUCAGAAUCGGAAUUGCUGUGGGACCUUUGUUAGCUGGAGUGGUGGGUUCGUCUAAACCACAGUACGACAUAUGGGGCGAUACUGUCAAUAUUGCUAGUAGGAUGGAUAGUACUGGUGUUCCAGGUUUUAUUCAGGUAACAGAACCAGUUGCAGAGAUACUGAAGGAAAGUACAAAAUAUGAAAUUAAAUGUCGAGGACAGACUUUCAUUAAAGGUAAAGGCAUGAUGACGACGUACUUGGUGCAGCCCUGUGAAGUUACGAGACUGUAACAGAAUGACUGAGUGGCAUCGCGGCAAAAGCAUUUCUCUUCUCAGAACAGCACACAAGAUUUCUACAUAAGAAUGAAAAAAUUCAUUUUCAUCAUCAGCUUUCUGUUCAUCUUCUGUUCUAGCUAGUCUAUAUGUUGUGAAUACUUCACCUGCGUUGAAACGUUAUUAGUAUUUCUCUGGAUUGCAUUCAUCUUUGAUGAUCAGUGACAUAUAAUAUGAAAAAUGGACUUUCUCCAUGGAAUACUUCAAUGACUUACUUUAGAUAGAAACUAAGCAUGUGCCAAUUGCCGAGAGGAAAAAGGUUCAUAAACAAUUGAAUAUUUUAUAGAUAUUUUUUUAAAUUGAAUGAAUGUAAUUAAUUCACAGUGCACAUCAGUAUUCUACUUACAUUUCAUGUGAAUGAACUUGCAUUCAUAGAACUGUUACAUUAUGUAUUAAAUGUUUAAUAGUAUUGCUUUUAUGUAAUUUAAGAAAAAUCGGUAGAUUUUAACUUGCUCCUAAUUUUUAACUAGAUUAAUUAACUUAUUUUUAGAAAUAGUAUGUUUCAGAUGCAUUGUAUUUUUGUUGAUAUGCAUGUUUGCCAAACGAGUGCCUUGCCGAUGAACAAAUUUAGAACCAUUUUGUGUGCUCGAAAGAUAAACUAUACAUAGAUUUACAAUCAAUUGGGUCACAAUUUGUGCAUGCAAGUAUCGAAGUGUUUUUUGGAUAUAAAACAGUUAAAUACAAACUCCUCGUCUGAUGGAAAAACUUUUUGAUGCAAUGAAUGGAGAUUGAAUGUCAUUGUAAAUAUUGUUAUGUUGCAUUUUAGUCUUUUAAUUAAAAGAAGUUCUCAAUA